AUGGUUGUGGGGGCGAAGAUGACAAUACAGCACGUGCCGAGUAAAGGUCGGAUCUCUAUUAUGAAGAUACAGAAUUUCACCGUCCAUAAAAGAAAUUCGGUGGUAAAAGUUGUAUACGGCACACUUUUAGCGAUUUUGGCAGUUGUGUCUUUCGCUAUUGACCCAGUGGAUAUUUUUACGAAUUGGUAUCUAGACAUGCAAGAGGGCAAGUUCAUCUACAGAAUGUGGGAGAAGCCGACUUACAAGCUCUUCUCAGAGGUGCAUAUAUUCAAUUACACCAACAUCGACACCUACAUGAGUGGAACGGAUAAAGUUCUGAAGCUGAAAGAGAUUGGACCCUUUAAGUUUCAAGAGUUCCGCACUAAUGCCAACAUCACGGUAGACAGGGAACGCGGCGUGAUGACUAUGCUGCCGAGAAUAGAUCUUCAAUUCCUGCCCGAAGAGUCGGUGGCCCAUUACAAGGACAUCAAUGUCGUCAUGCCCAACAUUGCACUUAUUGCCAUCAGCACUUUAAUAGCAGACAAACUGGGAUAUUUGGUCAACGCUGGUGCCUAUUACUCGAUAUCGGCAAUCGGCUCGAAGCUGUUCAGGAACAUGACGGCGGAGGAGCUGUUCUGGGGGUACACCGAUCCGAUGGUGUCGAUCGCCAACAAACUCUUGCCCGGCUGGAUCGAUUUCGAGAAGAUUGGAAUAAUGGAUCGGUUCUACGCCAAAAGGCCGGAGAAAGCGGAAGUGGAACUUGGCAAUGUCACGAAGAGGUUUUCUGUUAAUUCUUGGAACGACUCACCUGGACUAGUGGAGCAAGGCUUCAAGGAUCUUAAUACGAGCACCCUAUGCAACAGGAUUAAAGGGUCGUUCGAGGGUCUGAUGCUGCCACCCAAGAUUUCGAAGGAUACAAUCGUUCCCAUAUUCAGGAAACAGGCUUGCCGGACCUAUCCUUUCUCCUUCCUGGAGGAGAUGACAGGAGACUUCGGAUUUAACUACUAUAGGUUCCAAUUACAAGAUUCAGCUUUCAAUAAAACGUCACCGUACGCCUGCAGUUGUUCCCAGAAUUGCCUUCCCGAUGGCUUUGUUGACAUAAGCAACUGUUACUACGGCUUUCCGAUUGCAUUGUCUAAGCCCCACUACAUCGACGUGGAUCCAGUUCAGCAGACAUAUUUUGAAGGUCUAACACCUGACCCAAAGAAGUACCAGUCACAGCUUGACGUGGAACCGAACGUGGGGGUACCGCUAGCUCUGUCAAUCAACAUCCAGGUGAACAUUGCGGUGAGGACGUCACCAGGGAACCCCAUCACCAAGCCAGUCAAGGACAUGGUGUUACCCAUACUCCGGCUAUCAUUGUAUUGCAAAGAGGCGCCUCCAGAAGUGAUGCAGCUACUUCGGCUGCGAUUUGUCAUCGCACCACCUUUGGUCAUUACUAUAGAAGUUCUUCUCUUCCUUAUUGGGGCGUUCUUCGCGGUCCAGGGCUCGUACAGGAUCUGGAAACCGAGGUACAAGCUGAUCCAGCAAAAGGAACAACCCAAAGUGAGGAGGAAGAGUAGCGAAAGGAGACGGAGCAGCGUGAUCCUGAACAUGGCUGAUAACUGUGCGUUCAAAGAUGACGACGAGCUGGCCAAAGAAGCCGUCUCACUUCUAGCAAUCACCGAAGAAGACGGCGAUCUACCCGAUCUUUUGGUGGACUCG